UGUGCAAUGUGAGGACACAUUGGCGGUGGUUUGCGUCGCCGAGGCAGAGCUCCAGUUUAAUUUGCUGUAUCAUAUCUCCCGAGUUCCCAUUUUCUGUCUGUUUCCUCCCUCUUACUGCAGGUUCUCUGUUCUUCCCACACCUUCCCACACUCGCUAGAAGCUGGCUUGGGAACUCAACUGUCCCUUGGAGAAUAAGUGUAUGAUUCUGUGUUACUCAAUAUGAAUAAUUUAAUGAUGAGACUCAUAAAAGAAAUAUGUGCUGUAGUCGUCGUCGUCGUCUUCUUUUUACAAGGAAAUAACUCAGAACUCCUGCUCCAGUGUGCUUCAUGCUCCACUCUCGUUUCUUUGCGCAUAUGCUGAGCUGUUGGUUUUAAGCUGUAUGUAGUUAGAACAGCACUUGUUUUGCGGGAUGCACGCAUGCUGUCACACCGAAACCUCAGAUCGCUCGAUCUUUUCCCAGUUUGAGUGGAAGCGCCUGUGUGGUAGUGCGCGUUGUGUGUGUGUGUGUGUGUGUCACUGCCACCCACGCACGUCUUAAGUCUCAGCCACAGAGAGGGAGAGUGGAGGGGAGUGAAAGGCCGCUUGGAUGCGUGGGAGAUCCCCUUAACUUUGUAUUUGUUCAGAUGUAGGCGCACACUGCGCUUCCAGUCCGUGUUGCGGCUGCGGAGGGGAGAGACAGAGAGAGAGAGGAUGGCGCACGAAACCAGAGCGCAUGUUACCUGGAUGUCCGCAGUGAUCAUUGUAGCUGUUACAGUCUCGUGUGUAACCUGGCUCAUCAUGUCCAGGGAUACUAAAGUAAGGAUCCUCAACGGUGCAUUGGUGGCAGAUAUAUUCAGAGGUCCAGCUGCCAGACCGCAUUCUCUUUUUAAAGUGAUCCACGACAACAAAACCGACGAAUACCUGAGAUGGGAAGAGGUAUGGAAUGCCAACAUUUCCCUGGAGGGAAACAAAAAGUGGAUGACCGUGCAUGAGUCGGGUGUUUAUCUGGUCUACGUACAGCUGACGUACAGUCUGAAAAACAGCCCUAGAGUAGACCUUAGUAUGCGUGUGGAGUUCGGUUAUCCUGAGGGUAUGGAGGAAUUCAUCGGCGCCUUCGACACUCGGCAGCCCACAGACAAGGAGCAAGACGCCCAUCUCUCCAAAUUCUUCCUGCUCCACAUGAAGGAUGGGAACAGACUCUCCAUAAAAGCGCGUCCGAAGGAGAGGAUAAAGUACAACGAUGUCCGUCCGUUCUCCAGUUUCAUCACCAUCGUGCGGUAUGCUGACUGGUCAGGAUGAGCAGAGUGAUGAGAUCCGGCGUCACGUGACUUCGUAAAUAUGAUCUUAUGUUUGUCAGCUAUGUUCCCUUUUGCUACCUAAGUCACCAAAACAGAAGUUACGUCCGUGACCAUGACCGAUGGCUUCCACGAAGAAAAAAUCGACAAAUGUUAAACCACCAGCAGAAAUAUGACAACUCAACAAAUUUGGGAUUUUUGCGUAGGGAGGUGCAAUAUUUAUCUCAGUAAUUUUGUCUUUGUUUUGUUUUUGUUUGUUUUUUUCUACCCCCCCCUCCCCCUUGUUGCAUAAUGUUCCCGACUCAUGAUUUUCUGAGAAGCAUGACACAUUUUCCACCCAUUAGAGACAAAAGUGAUUUUCACUUUGUUUCGGAUGUGUUAUGACUCAGUUGAGAAAGAGCAUCAUGCCCGUUUCCUCAUUUCUCGGUUUGACGAAAUGAGCACACACAUGUUAAUGUCACUUCCACUAGCUGCUGCAAUUGACGCCUCAUUACGUUUGUGAAACGAGGGAAAGGGUUUUUUUUUUUUUUUGUUUUUUUUGUUUUGUUUUUUUUGGGAUGGUGUUUCUCUUAACCUGCUCUUCCGAUUAUUUUGAAAACCAAUGUGAUGUUUUGAAGCCCGCUCUUAGAGCGACGUCCUGUUGUGUUUUAAAAUGUUAAAUGUGCACCAACAAUCUGGAGAAAUCCCCAGUACAAUAUGACAGUUCAGCAAUAUGUGAAAAUCACCAUUACCUAAUCCUCAUUGUGUUUUUGUUUUGUUUUGUUUGAUCUAUUUAUUUCCCACAAUAACCUUAUUAUUAUUAUAAAUGAUCAAGCAAGCAAGUUCUAGUAAUGCUUUCAUCCUAAUAAUGUUUUUUUUUUUCUUUUCUUUUUAAUUCUAUGCCUCAGGACAAAAGAUAUCUAUUUUUACUCUUAAACACUUCUAAACACACCUCGAAAUAUCCGCGAUGCUCUCUUCGGUUUCUUUUUGGUAAUCAGUAUUUUUUUUUUUAUGAAGAUUUAUACAAAUGGAAGAAAGUGAGGUAUGUCAUACCACAGCACACUAAUUUAACAGCCAUAAAGCUGAAAUCAUGCAUGGUUAUAAAUCCAUAUUAAGAUAUUUUGGCACUUCGAGUGGUAUAUCUUUUCUCCAGGUUGUUUGGAAUAAGCUCUUGACAAUUCUCCAUCUUCCAAUUUCUCGAUGUUGUCUUUACGAGAAUAGAUACAUGAGACACAAAACCAUUUUCCUUGUUUUAGGUGUGUUACGAGUCAGCAGAAAAGGAAAUAAGGAAACAGUCCACUUCCUGUAUGGUCCAGAUACAGUUAGGGUCAGCUGAUCAGAAUUCUCAAGAUAUCUGUUUAAAAUCAUUAUUCUGUGUUUUUUUUUUGUUUGUUUGUUUGUUUUGUUUCUUGUAGUAAGGCACCCUUGGAUGAAGAAGUGAGAAAGUCCCUGUAUAAAUGAUUUUAUUUUAU